CAAGAGAAGAAGAAGAAGCAUCCAGAAGCAGCAGAGAGAGAAGAAGAAGAAGAAGAAACAAUCUCGCCGGAGAAGAAGAAGAAAGAUGUCGUGGCAAUCGUACGUCGAUGACCAUCUCAUGUGCGAGGUCGAAGGUAACCACCUCAAACACGCCGCCAUCCUCGGCCAAGACGGCAGUGUCUGGGCUCAGAGCUCUCAUUUCCCUCAGUUGAAGCCUGAAGAGAUAGUAGGAAUCAACAAAGACUUCGAAGAAGCCGGACAUCUUGCCCCAACCGGGCUAUUUCUUGGCGGUGAAAAGUACAUGGUUGUCCAAGGUGAGGCUGGAGCCGUCAUCCGAGGGAAAAAGGGACCUGGUGGAGUUACUAUCAAGAAGACUAAUCAAGCUCUAGUCUUUGGCAUCUAUGAUGAACCGAUGACUGGAGGGCAAUGUAACUUGGUCGUCGAGAGGCUUGGCGAUUACCUUAUCGAGUCUGGUCUCUAAGUUCACAUAAAGUGCUUGAAACCAAUCUCAUUUUUCAGGUUCUUCUUCACUAGAGAAGCACUCUUCUGCCAUGUAUUGUGAUUUGAUUGUUGUUGUGCAUCAAACAAAGUUAUACUCUUAAAAAGAACUAAGAAACAAUCAUAUUUGUUAUGGUUUUGAUUCCCUCCUAUGAUGGCUUUCAUGUUUUUCUCUUCCUUGUACUACUGUAUUUCAUAAUGUAUCUCUGGUUUUCGAUUUGAGUAAUGAAAUAAUUACGGUUUG